UAUAAUUUUUGAGAAAUUUAUUAUGUAGCGGCUACGGUAUAGGAACUGGGAGCGGAUGCAGAGCUGACACAAAGCCGAGUCUUGAAUAAUCUCGUCGGCUUCUCUGAAUAUGCAUAGAUCCGACGUAGUCUAUUGGUAUACGUCGAUUCCGUCCACCGUUCCUGUGCCGCUCUUUCACCUUCAAACAAUUAGUUGACGAGUAUUACCCUGCGAAUUAUACAUAAUCGAUAUCGGAACUCAGCUUUAUGCAACGACACAAAAAUACACUGGAAAAGAGAAACUAGAAAGAGAAAAGACGAAAGAAAGAUAGGAACGAUGGUACUGCAUACACAGUCUGCGCCUUCGGUACCUAUCGCGAGUAUCCUCGUUGCGCGGUUUCUACGAUCCAACAACUAUACCGAGUCUUUAAAUACUUUCAUCCGUGAAGCAGGACUGCCCUCAGAUGUAGGGCAGACAGCAGGAAGACAGGUUACUUCCAAGUCAAUUGAUGACCCCGGCAACGCAGACCAGUGGACGCUUGAGGAUAUCAUCCAAGAGAAGAAGAGAUUCGAUCACAGCCUACGAUUUGAAAGAUAUGGCGAAUCACAAUCUCAAAUAGAUAAAUGGAAUACACGUGCCCCAUCACAGCCGAAAGUCAUAGAAACACCAAGUUCGACUAAUAUUCUUUCUGUGUCUGUUGGGCCUUGGCGCCUCUCUGAAGAACAAACGAGCGAAGUGGCUGUUCCGUACAUCGUAGCUACGGGGGCUGACAAACGACUUAGUCUCUUCAAUGCGGACGCAGACAAUACAACCGCUCUAUCAAUACCUGGGCUGUCAGAUUCUCCCAUUCUGUCACACACUGGUAUUUGCCAUGGGUUGUUGCAGCUAAUAACAAACAUGUCCGGCCAAUUGCUUCUAGUUCAAAACGACCAAGUUAUAGACCGCAGAAACGAUCAUAACAAGUAUGCUGUUCAAGUCAAGGCAUACGAAGACCAAGAUAACCAUGUCUGGAUUACCACCGCUGGAUGGGAUGCCCGGGUGUUUAUAUAUCGCAUGGAACUGCCCUCUCCAUCGAAUGAAGCCGCAAUUGGAGACCCUGUUGGGACGAUAAAACUGCCCACGAACCCAGAGUCUAUUCUCAUUGUACGAAACCCGGAGAACCAGGAGCUAGUGCUUCUGGUUUCACGGCGAGAUUCAACGUAUAUUUAUUUCUACAGCCUGGAGCAUAUGCGUUCCAUCAACAUGUUGGUUAAAUGCGAAGAGAGCGGGAAACAAAACCUUGCACCACAUUCCAAUGCAUGGGUUGCGUUUUCUCCCUCGUGCUUAGCAUUAAGUCCCCACAAUCCCGGACUCAUAGCUGUUGCCUUAUCAACACUACCACAUAUGAAAGUCAUGAUUGUCCGCCUGCUAUUUCCUUCUGGGGAUGACAGAACAAUCACCAAUAACGACAAAAGCAAUGCCAGCGUAGAAGCGACAAUGUCCCUUAGAACCGAUGAAUCUACGUCAGAAUCCCAUCUCACCCAAGCAAUGACCGCAUUGGCUCUUCAGAAUCGUGAAGACGCCGCCAUUAUAAUACAGACUAAUACGCUUGCGCCUCAAACUGCCUACUCAACACCACAAGUUGUCUGGCGUCCUGAUGGGUCUGGACUUUGGGUCAACGGAGACGACGGGAUUAUUCGGGGUGUGGAAGCCAAAACCGGUAAAGUAGUGACAAUCCUAGAGAAUGGUCACGAAGCAGGAAGCAAAGUCAGAAGCAUCUGGGCAGGCUGGGUUAGUUCUAAGGAUUCAAAAGAAGAAUGGGUUGUGAGCGGUGGGUUCGAUAAGAGGCUUAUUGUUUGGAAAUGAUGGCGAUUUGGAUUUGUCAAUGAGUCAUUCGAUAUCCCACAAAGAAAUAUUACUUAAGUGAUAUAACAUAUAUCGACUUGGAGUAGAGGCUUGAUAGCUGGUGACAACUAGAUAUCUGUCAUUAGCAUUACUCUUAGGAGCCUAGAAACUAAGCUACGAUGCAAG